CCGGAAUCGGACCUCAGACUGUUCAGACCCGGUUUAUCCUCCGCCGCGUCAAUUUCACGUGUAAAAUUUGGCGUUGAACACGCAUGAAUUUGAUGCUCUCAAAGCUUUGAACUUCUUCACUCACUCACCCUAUCGACGAAUCCACAUGUCUCUUCUAGAUGCUCAGUUUGACCGUGCGGUGGAAAUUGUCCAAGGUUUACCCAAGACUGGCCCGAUACAAACCGACUAUGAAGAAAAGCUCACUAUGUAUAGUUUGUACAAGCAAGCAACUGUUGGCAAUGUCAAGUCACCAAGACCUGCGAUGUGGGAUAUGCUUGCGCGGGCAAAGUGGGAUGCAUGGGCAAAGCAUAAAGAUUUAAACUCGUAUGAAGCCAAAUGGCUCUAUAUUGAAGCCCUUUUGAAGGUUUUGCGAAAGUAUUCAGAUAAAACAAUGGCCAGAAAUCUUGUACAGGAACUAGAGUCGUACAACGGGGAAGCAUCUCAUAUCAUCAUGAACAAAUCCGUUAGUUCCCACUCAUUAAAGUCAGAUUCUUCCGGCUCAUCUGAUGACGGACAAGUACGAAGCUCAGGAUUCAUACACGCUAGCCAGACUCAAACCUCCGACCGUCAGCAUCAACAAGAAUUUGAAGAUUCAGAAUCAGACGAGGACGAAGAUGCGGACGAAGAUGAGGAAGAAAGAGAAGACCAAGCGAAAGAAUUACCUGUUCGUCCUGAUCUCGGAGCAUCUAUACUUAAUCGACCGCAAUCCUCACUGUCUUCCCAUCGGUAUCGUACGCCAAUGGCAGGCUCAUUAGCCAUGUCGCCACCUCCAAAUCAUAGCAUACCUGCUAUCCAGCCACUUCCGGGCUUUGAUACCCCUUCUGCUUUCGCCGAGCCGUCGCCGACCUCGAUCCCAUCUUCGCUUUAUCCAGUUGGCAGCUCUUACGUAGGUUUCUCAGAAUCGUCUCGGGAGGGAAUGACGUCUCCGCCGCAAGGCCUCUUUCCAGCCCAUCCUCAGUACCGUCAUCAGGCACAAUCUCUUCCACUCGGGCAGUAUGGUGUUGUUAGGCCAGCUUCCACACUGGCAAUGGAACGUGCUGUAGAAAGUGUUCAAUCUCAACUAGCAGCAGUCACGGAACGGUUAGAAAUUCUCGAAUCUGUUUCGCCUCUUCCUUCAAGGUCAUACCUCGGGGCGAGCCCGAGAGGCACGCCGACGUGGGGAGUUGGACGGGGAAGCCCCCCUCACGAAUCGCACACGGAAUGGGACCUUGAUGAUUUAGGGAUGUGGACCUCAGUCCUGAAUCCCAUAUCUCGUGCCAUUGAGCGCCUAAAGCAACUAUCCCGUUUCUUCGCCAGAAAUGAAAACAGAUCGCCUUCAAUGAUUGUUUUAAGGCGGCUGUGCUUGGACGUGUCAUUCCUGUUUUGCAUUUUUGGAUUGAUACGCUUCUUGUGGAAAAGAAGCGGUGUUCGAAGACGAGAAGUAAAUGCAGCAUUACGGGUACUUUGGCGUGCGAUUUUGGGCAGAGAUGAGCGCAUCAUGAUAGACAAAGGUGUUUGA